AUGGCGACAAUUGUUUUAACUUCAGAACGAUUUUUUGCAAUCUUAUACCCGAUCUAUCACCGCGUUUACAUGCGAAAGAAAGUGCUGGUUUAUGUGAGUUUAUUGCUGUUUGCAGCAUGUGCAAUCUUAUUGACAACUUGUCACCUAAUCAUGCCACGGAUGUCUCAAAUGUUGUACGUCUAUUUAUUUAUUUUAUCGUUCGGGCUGGUCUAUACCGUAGCUGUUUAUGUGAAAAUAUUUUCCGUCAGUCGAAAAUCGACAAUUUUUCAUGGUGAGAAGGCUCAACCAAGGAGUUCUCAAUUACAGAAUGGCGGUUUGGCCGAAGAAGAUAUAAACCGCAUUCACAGACUGUCUGCAGUGGUUGAAAAGAAAGGAGAGACAUGUAAGAAGAAUUCUGGACUAAACACAGGUAACUUCUGA